AUGGUUACGGUCGUCGAGAUCGGCUUGGCACAAAGGGCGGCGGGGACCGCCACGGCAUUGGCCAUCGGAACAGCCAAUCCUCCCGAUUGUUUCGAUCAAAACACUUACCCUGAUUAUUUUUUUCGUGUUACUAAUAGUGAUCAUAAAACUAAACUUAUGGAAAAGUUUAAACGCAUGUGUGAGAGAUCGAUGAUUAAAAAGAGAUACUUUCACUUAACAGAGGCAAUCUUGAAAAAGAAUCCUAAUCUUUGUGAAUACAAAGCUCCAUCCUUAAAUAUUAGGCAAGAAAUUGCUAAUGUUCAAGUGCCAAAACUUGGGAAGGAAGCUUCUGAAAAGGCCAUCGAUGAAUGGGGUCAGUCAAAGUCCAUGAUUACACAUUUGGUGUUUUGUACCACUAGUGGAGUGGAUGUUCCUGGGGCGGACUACCAACUCACUAAGCUUCUUGGACUUAGCUUAUCAGUGAAGCGAUACAUGAUGUACCAACAAGGUUGUUUUGGUGGUGGUGGUGCUCUUCGCUUGGCUAAGGAUUUGGCUGAGAAUAACAAGGGUGCUCGAGUCCUUGUUGUUUGCUCAGAAAUGAAUUUGUUUUGCUUUCAUGCCCCGUGUGAAACAGAGUCUGACGUUAUGCUUGGGCAAGCGCUAUUUAGUGAUGGCGCAGCAGCUGUCAUUGUUGGUUCAGAUCCAAUCAUGACGGUAGAAAGGCCUUUGUUUGAGCUUGUAUUCGCAACUCAAACUCUUCUCCCAAACAGUGGACAUGCAAUUACUGGUGAUCUUAGUGAGGCUGGACUUAUAGCUAAAAUACAUAAGGAUACUACGAUACUAAUCUCAAAGAAUAUUGAGAGGAUCCUAGUAGAAACAUUCCAACCUCUUGGCAUUUCUGACUGGAACUCCAUCUUUUGGGUAUCUCAUCCUGGUGGACGUGCCAUUUUGGAUCAAAUUGAAUUAAAAUUGGGCCUAAAGCCUGAAAAACUCAAGGCUACACGGAAUGUCUUGAGUGAUUAUGGGAACAUGGGUAGUGCUUGUGUUUUGUUUGUUUUGGACGAGAUGAGGAAAUCAUCUAUUAAGGCAGGAUUAGGUACUACCGGUGAAGGCCUUCAGUGGGGCGUGCUUUUUGGUUUCGGGCCUGGCCUAACUAUUGAUGCAGUCGUCCUCCGUAGUGUUUCUUGUUUAGGUAGCAGGAAUGUUUAA